AUGUCUGUUGCCUCUUGCCCCGUUUCCGGCUCCAUGGGCGGAAUGUGCCCAGUUGGCGCAGGAGCCUCCAACCGCACCAGAUCUGGUACAGCGAGCAGUCGAGGUCCUCGAGGAUGCUCAUUUUCUGGUGUUGCUCAACCUGGAGAUAUACAUGCCGCAUUUGAUAUCCCACGUGGAGUUGAUGCUGAAGAAUGGCUUCGUAUGAGGGAAAGAAAGUCGAUCAACCAGCUUCUAUACUCCAAUUACCCCUCCCGAGAUGCCAUCGACGCCGUCAAAAGUCAGAAAGAGCUGGAUGCUAUGAAUGCAAAUGAGCACGACCUACUUGCCGUCGCCCUGGGAGCUCCUGCUCGGCAGGUUAUGCGGAGAGCCGAAGAAGUUGGCCCGCAAACCGGAUGGCGCGAUGGAUAUCUCAGCAUGGAGCACGGCUUCUGUCCCCCGGACUACGAAGAAGCCGCAGGUGCUCUCUCAAGAUCACCAGGACGCAUUUGGUCUGAUAUUUGCGAGCGGAUGCCGGGUUGCAGUGCCCGAGGCCGGGUGAGAGAGGCCAUCGCUGCACUUCCAAUGGUCGAAGGCACGGAGGAAGUCAUUCCCGACCAAGCACUCUGGGCUGCGCUUGUGGCUCUUGGCAUGCUUUGCUCCAUCUAUCGCUUCGAAGGAAAAUACGAUGGAACCGAGGGUGUGUCUUCCAACAAAAAGACAAAGUGGCGGCCAAACUGCCCCAUGGGCGACGACUUGGGCGAGGAGCUGCAAGGCAUUCCUCUCGCCAUUGCGCUGCCGUUCUAUCAGGUAUCCCGUCGAAUGGGACGCACGCUGCCACACUUGACUUUCCCAGAUCAGUCAUCCUACAACAUCAAGAUCAAGGACGUAACCUCGACGUAUCCGUAUGUUGCUCGCUUUGACAACAUAGAUCUGCGAUGGCCCAUGUUUGGAGAGAAAGCCGAGGUGGCAUUCCUCAAGGGCUGCGCCGACACAUCAGCGUCUUUCCAGCACGGCCCGGAUGCCAUUGCCGCUUGCCAGGAGUACGUCAUGACGAACAACGUCGAGGGCCUUCUUCGAGAAAUGAUCCGACUGAAGGAGAUUCUCGAACGCAUGCCCAAUGCGUUUCAUACCAUCUCUCCCAACCCCAAUGCCGGUGAAAACUAUGUCUCUGCCGACCGAUGGGUACGAUGGGCACUGUUUUCGGCGCCGCUUUCAAAACGAUGUCCAGCAUCUUCUGGGCUCCAGUUCCCGCCAUAUCUGGUCAUGGAUGCCUUUUUGGGACGCAAAAGGUAUGACUCGUUCCUUGGCGUCGAGGGCGUGCAUCUACGAGCGUGGCUCCCGUCAAACCUCCGAGCAUUCAUUGCCGCCAUUGAAUAUCACUACCGCAUCCCUGAGUUUGUGGCCAAAUCUGGCGACCCUCGCCUCAUGGGCGUUCUCGAUGGCGUUGUCGAAGCUUACACCGGCGAGCGUGGUUUCAUGGGCGUGCACCGAUACAAGGUGUUCGGCAUCCUGGAAAUUGCGGCGAAGACGGGCAGAACGGAGACCAACGGUGCCUCUGGAGCUGCUGAUGCUUCGAGGCCGUGGGAGGAAACUCACCGCCAAUUCUCUGAUGCAAUGAAGGAGCGUCUUGAACCGUACCGCGGAGAACUGGCCGUGGAACCUCAUCAAAUGCGCGGCACUUUUGAGGAAUGUCGCUACGCCACAAGAGUUGCUACCUGCAACUAUGUGGAUUCCGACCCAAAGCGUUCCAUUGCUCUCGUCACUCUUGACAUUGAAGACACUGGCAUUACUUUCCAACCCGGCGAUCGAAUGGCUGUGAUGCCCCUCAACGGUUGGGAUGAGUGCGCCAAGAUGGUUGCUGCGCUUGGUCUCGAGCAUCACAUCGAUGACCCCGUCGAGGUUACCGGAACCUGGAAGCGAUUUGAGCAACAUCUCGCUUCUGUGAGGAGAACGCCUGUCCAGAAGCUGACAGUCACCGAUAUCCUCCGUCGGGGUCACCUUGCCCCCAUCACCAAGGAGCUCGCACUGAAGGUCCACGAGCUUCUGCAUGCUUCCUCCAACACUGUGCUGCAGAUCCUAGCCACCCAAGAGUGGCCGGUUUCUGGCUCGUUGGGUGAUUUGCUUCAAGAUGCGCUCACUGAUACACCAAUGCAAAUAUGGGAUAAGGCCUUCAGUCUGGAUAACCUAUCCUGGCUGGUGGAUCUGGUUAAUCUGGAAGUCCCUCGCACAUACUCCAUCGCCAGUUACUCGGACGACCUUCUUCCAAGCACUGUCGAUCUCGCUGUCUCCCGUGCCGAGUACAAACUGUGCGCCACCUUCGCUAGAGAUCAUGAGAUUUCACGAGCUGGUGUCUCCAGCGGCUUCUUGAACCCUUACCCGACACCCGAUGAGCUUCCACCAGCCGAAGAACUAUUGAUUGGUAUAUCUCGACCAGUAGCUUUCCAGCUGCCUAUCGAUAGCAUGGCUCCUUGUGCCUACUUUGCUGGAGGUAGUGGCAUCGCACCAUUCCGAGGCUUCUGGCAAUAUCGGCUUACAACCUCGGGCCUGUCUGGAGGUAAGAACUUCCUGUACUUGGGAGUUCAAUCCCGGGAGAGGUUCUGUUUCGAGGAGGAGCUCAGAGAACUUGUCAAAGCCGACUUUAUGCAAGUUCAUGUGGCUUUCUCUCGAGACUCUCGAGGUCUGGUCUACGACCCUUCGACGCGGGAUCUUGUGGAAAGGCAGAUUCCUCCCCGCUACAUUGACACUCUGAUUGUCGAACAGGGAGCAAACAUCUGCGAUCUUGUCAUGUCAAAGAAGCAGGGUGGCCUGGGUGGAUGUCUGUACGUCUGCGGCUCUGUUUCAGUCUUCGACUCGGUCAUGAAUGGAAUUCGGAAGGCUCUCUAUACCUACCGGACUGCAACCAUGGAGAAUGUUGACAUGAUUCUGAACAAAGCCUUUGCGGAACGUCGCUUCAUGCUUGAUGUUUUCAUGACGCCCAAGCCCCUUCCGUGCAAUCUUCCAACCAUCCCCAUGUCUCUCUUGGCUCUCCAUACGGGUCACAGACCUGGAACACGGAUGUGGAUUGGUGUUCACGGAAGCGUUUACGACGUCACUGACUUCUGUCCCAUGCAUCCCGGUGGCACUCUGAUCAUCAAGUCCAACGCCGGAGUCGAUUGCUCUCGGACCUUCGAUACUCUCGCGCACACCAAUAACCCAGAGGUCUCGAGUCUUUUGACCCGUUAUUUCGUGGGCCAUCUUACCCCGAAGCCUGACUACCACGGAAUGAGUGAAAUGUCAUCCCUGCACGAUCUGUGGGCUGGAUAUCUGAGGACAAUCGUUGAGACCCUUGUGGCCCAUCAAUUUGAGAUGUACGAGAUUAUGGGUGCUUCCAUGGACCAUUCAUCUACCCAAGGCCCAGGUGGAAACACCAACAUCUUUGUGCAAGAGGGUCUUCCGAAUAUCAUUGCCGUUCGUACUUUCUACGGUUAUCAGAGCCGUCUGCUCCAAGGUGGAUUUGCAGCUCUGUUUGGACCCAAGAUGCAAGAGUUGGUUCUCAAGCUGUCGUUCUCUGUGGCCAGCGCCAACGGUCUCAGUACGGACGCAAAGCUUCCAGAUAUCCUUGGAACCAUCACCCGUGCCAAGACAGGCCAAGACGCAGCUUCCUGUACCAAGGAGGUGAGCCUUCUUGGCGAGUUUGUGUGCGAUCCCGAAUCUGCCUUCAGAUUCCAGGAGCGUGGUGUUUUUGAAUACGCAGCCAAGAGUGUCGAGUUGGAUAUUGAGUUGCUCGAGGAUCUCCGCCAGGAGGCAUGCAACGGCAUGGAUGCAUUUGAUAGCAUCGCUGCUACCAUGGGCUCUUCCGAUGGAGACCUAGAUUCCGCACCAAACACGGCCCAGCUAUCGGCACUUUCAGCAUUCUUGCUCCAGACACUCGAGCGCAUGGCGCGUCGCCUGAGCCUGUUUUACUCUCAGCUCGCCCGUCUUUCCGUCUACCGCCCAGAUCUCGAGCGCAACCCAGCUCGAACACGUUGGGCUCUUGUCCGCAGAUGCAUGCGCGAUGGAACCCUGUUUGUGCUCUCUCACAAGGCAGAGGACGGGGCGCUCGCAAACGGACAACCCUCGUCGUAUUACAUGUCUCGGGCGAAUCCGAACCAGAACAUCGAUUUCGACAAGCUUCUGCGCCAGGUCAACGAAACCAUCGGAUUGGCCAAGAAGGACAUUGAAGCUAGAGUGGUGCAACCUACUACGGUCAAUGCAGUGCAGCAAGCAAGAGGCAGGACCAUGAACAGCAACUCCCUGAUGGCUUCACGGGCAAAUGUUGGCUCUCUCAAGGCAAUGACCAGCUUCAUGGAGACAAACAAAAAGGCAAUCCGAAGGCUGAGCAGAAUUCCGCCCGGCCCAAUCAACCUCGAAGAGUUGCAAAAGGCUGCAGCUCAGCUGGGUCUUGAAUCUCGCCAAGAGCCUGCUGGGAUGGACUCGUACAGAGGAUUGCCCGCUGCCGCAAUGGCUCAACUCAACAACGCGGUGCCGCAUAGUGCUACUCCCUUCCCACACACUCGCGACAGGAGUCGGUCCGUAACUGGCCGCGGUCAAUCUCCUCACAUGUCGUAUUCUUCUCUGAACCAACGCACGAUGAGUCGCUCUCAGUCUCUCAGCCGCUCUCAAUCUCUAAGCCGAUCCCGCCAGAGCUCACUCAGCCGCAGCUCGAGCCCUGGCGGUAUAGCAGGGUACCCGGUCAUCGGAGCCCCCCCUACACCACCGACCGAGGCCCAGAUUGCGCUGCACAAGAAGCUGUCUGGCUUAAACACGCGCCCGGACUCUCAUUCCAUGGGGCAUAUUCACAGCCCGGUUCCCUCGCAGGCCGCUGGAGGGGGCCGAGCCAAGUCUGUAAUGACGCUGGAAAGCGCGGUAGCAAGAGGACAGUCUCCGCUGCACAUGCGGGGACAGUCGACCGGCUGGUUACGGUCAUUUAAGCUGCGCAGCCUGGCAGAGCAAAGCGAAUCGAGAGUGGCGCCAACGUUCUAA